UCGACGUCGGUUAACACCUUAUGUAGCGUGACAUCGGUCGCCGUCACGUUCAUGAAAACAUUCCUUUUUAGGAUCACCUCGGGAUAACUGUUUUCAUUUCUUCAGCCGUCUCAGUGCUUCCUCGAACUCCGAGAUGUUUAGGAUUUCGUUGUCCAAGGUUCCAUUGUCUCGCCCUGUUCUCCCUUCUAUUCAAAAUGCUCAGAGAAGAACUGUUACAACAGUGAGAUGUGACGUUCCCCGCAGGGCCGACAUUCCAAGUCCAAGAGGCAAGAUAUCUACGCCGCAAGACUUUCUUAAAGCCAUCGGUCGUUCUUCAGAGACCAAAAUAUCCAUAGAUAGCUGGGACGCGUUCUGGCGCACCUCAGGAUGGGAUAUGAAGAAUGCCGGGCUGAGCAUCCAAGACCGGAGGUAUAUUCUUUGGUGCAUGGAAAAGUUUAGGCAGAAUAAGCAGAUAGAAGGGUUUGCCCACGAGGAGAGACCCAAGAAGAAAAUACGGGGUCGAGGUCCUGCUGUUCAAUUCGGAAAGCGCAUUCGCUCGCGGAGAGAUCGGUAGUUCCGUACCGUACUCCAGCGUAAUUUCGCCCCAGAUCUAUUCUUCAUUACACGCAUAUUCUGAAUUAUUUGACCACCUUUGUUCAAAUCGCGUUCAAACUGCUGUCAGCGGCUACCGAUGACCCUCUCGGGUAAAGUCUUAAGGCUAGAGCUGUCCUUUGUUGGUCCAAACAAUUUCCCACGAG